AUGGCUGGACACGAGUGGGAGUAUAAGGACUGGUUUGAACGGGAGGAAUUUAUCGGACAGAUCAGCGACAUCCGAGUGCAGAAUCUUCAAGUUGAAAGAGAGGUCGUUCAGAAGAGGACCUUCACACGAUGGAUGAAUCUGCAUUUGGAGAAGUGCACUCCUCCGAUGGAGGUGAAUGACCUGUUCAGAGAUAUCCAGGAUGGAAGGAUACUCAUGGCCCUGCUGGAGGAACUGUCUGGAUGCAAGCUGCUUCAUGGAUGGAAGCAGUCCUCACAUCGUAUCUUCAGACUGAACAACAUCGCUAAGGUCCUUACCUUCCUGGAGGAGAGAAAUGUGAAGCUGGUCAGUAUUGACGCUGCAGAUGUUGCCGAUGGCAACUCUUCCAUCGUUCUUGGACUCAUCUGGAAUAUCAUCCUGUUUUUCCAGAUCAAGGAGCUGACAGGGAACAUUAAGAGUCAGUUCCCCUCGUCCUCUAGCCUCUCCUCGCUCCCCACCAGCUCAGACUCCGACACCUCCCACUCCAGCACGCCCUCCUUCGAGAGACCGCGCUCCAUCGCCAUGAGGGAUCAUGGGAAGCCCAUCAAGACGCUCCUGCAGUGGGUCCAGAGACGAACCCGGAAGUAUGGUGUGGCGGUGCAGGACUUUGGGAAGAGCUGGACCAGUGGGCUGGCCUUCCUUGCUGUCAUUAAGUCUAUAGACCCCAGCCUGGUGGACAUGAGGAGAGCUCUGCUGAGGACAGCCAGGGAGAACCUAGAGGAGGCCUUCAGGACAGCCCACUACAGCCUGGGCAUACCCAGACUACUGGAUCCAGAGGACGUGACCAUCAACCCUCCAGACGAGCAGUCCAUCAUGACCUAUGUGUCCCAGUUCCUCGAGCACUUUCCUGGGAUGGAGGAGCCCCAGGAAAAUGCAUCUGAUGUGAUACAGAGGAGUGUGUCGUCGGGCAGACUCAGCUGUCGUGUCAACGACUCCUCCCACGACCUGAGGAACGGCGUCCACCGGAGCCGGGACAGAGAGAGGCCCUACGUGGUCCGGAGAGACUGGGUCCAGCCUCCGCCCAAAAUCUUAAUCUCCUCCGUCUCUGAGGAUCUCAAGUCUCCUACUUCCCCGGUCGCAGUGGAGCGCUCCUGGGUCAACGAGGGCUCGUCGGUUGGGUCCACCCCCAGCCCUGUCUUCACUGUCUCCACCUCCAGCUCCCCGCAGCCCUCCUUCGUCGACUCGGUCAUCGGCUCUGUGUCUUGCGACUCACCAAUCAGUGACUCUGUCAUCAGUUCACCAGACUCCUGCUGGGAGGGCCAUCCAAACGAGGCAGUGACUCCAGACAGGUUUGUGGAGAGCCGUAGCGAUGGGUCGCUAUGCGACAGCGGGCUAUCCUGGGACAUGAGCAUCCCUCCCUCUACCCCCCACGGGGUCACGCCUGACCUGGAGGAACCGUUGCCCUCGGUUAUGGGGCUGACAGGGAAACCCCAGGAUGGGGAGAUCUUUGUUGACGAGGCAAACUACUCUCUAAACUCGUUGGACAAGGGGGAGAAAGAGGAGGAUGGGGGGGAGAAAGAGGAGGACGGGGGGGAGAAAGAGGAGGAGGAGUAUAACUACAUUCUGGACCUGAGUGAGGACAAGGCAGCCAAGCAGGAGCCUGAUCAAAGAGAAGGAAAUAACAAGUACAGGUCAAGUACAGGUCAGAGUAACAGCGUUAACAAGGAGCAGGGGUGGCCAUCUUUAGAGCUCUCUGACGAGCCUCAGGAAACUGACUCUGACCAGAAGGGGGAGAGUGUGUGUGAGGGUGAGAGUGUGUGUGAGGGUGAGAGUGUGUGUGGGGGUGAGAGUGUGCGUGAGGGUGAGAGAGGAGGAGCUGUGUGUUCUCCACAACAUGAGAAAAUCAGCCAAUCAAAGCAGGGCUCUGACAUCACACAUCAGGAGACCCCCGACCUGCAUGAAGAGCCCAAUCAAUGGGACACUGUCCCGGAGACAACAGACAGGACAUCAGAAUGUGCCAAGAAGGAAACGGCGGAACCAUCUAGAGAUUCCAGGAAGGCUGGAAACCCUGAGGAAGAGUUAGCUAAGGAACGUUCUGAUAAAUCAGAGGGUCAAAGUGAUGUGACUGACAGAGUGGAGACGGAACACAGACAGACUACUUCUCUGUCAGAGAGGGACAGCGAUGGGGAGCGGUCCCUGGAGGAAUCAGAGGAAAGGCACAAGCAGGUCACAGAAGAGUAUGAAACACAAGAGAAGAUAACAGAUGUUCAGAACAGCCACGUAGAGUCACAGGAGAACACUACGACACAGGUUGAUGAUGUCACAGAGUCAACGCAUCCACAACCGUAUAUGGAAAUGGACCAGAGUCGGACCAUCCUGGGGGGCACCUCAGAACAAUGUCAGGACCCGGUGGAGCAGAGCCAUACUGGGACAACUCCUGCCUGCACAGAUGGUGGGCAGAGUUCCACACUCCUAACAGAGGCCGGUAAGGAAGGGAUCCUGAGCCCAGAGAUAGAAGCGGAGGCUGGGGAUGAAGACAUGUGUGGGCACCCUGGAGGUUGCUUGGUUGAGAGGACUGGAAAGUGUGAGAGAGCCUCUUGUGUUGGAGAUGCUGACGUGAAUGUAGUAGCUCCUGAGGAGAAGAGAGUCGCAGAAAAGGAACAUGACUGGGUGGAUGGGUCUGGGACCACAGACAACACAGAGACCGUAGUGGACGUCCCCCAUCAGUGCACGCCAGUUUCCAUUAUACCCCUUGACAUGGUGUACUACCCCCACUAUGACGUCACCAUCUCCCAGGUGAUUGAGGCUUUUGUGGAGCCUAACCCUGGAUCGGUCAUCACUGGGCUGGUUCCUCAGUCUCCUCUCUUUGACACAAACACCCAGAGGCAGGCUGUACUGCAUAGACAGGAGGAGAGAGACUCAGAUAAGGACACAGGGGAUCAUACUGAUGGCGGUCAUAGUGAGACAGAGGCCUCUGCUGUUGAAGAGACAGGGGACAAAAUGGCCGACACAGAACAGAGUGAAACCAAGCCUGUGAAUAUGACCUAUACAGACACUGAGAGGAGAAGUGCUUGGGAGUCUGAAAGUGAACCAAUGGACUUGUUCUAUACAGACAGUGAUGCUGACGACAGUUCUAGAUGGGCCCUUGAGGAGCCAAUGACAGUGAGCGACACUCUGGAGCCAAUGGAUCUGUUCUACCCGGAUACAGAUGAUUGUGGCCCUGUAGAGGAAGCAGAGAACGACGUGGAGACCUCGCCGUGGUCCUCCUCCUUCAGCAAGUCAGUAGAGACCUGGCCCUCAACCUUCAGUGUGGCAGCGCUACAACCAGCACCGUCCUCAGAACCAGAACCACUGCUAGAGACACACACACAGACACACACAGACUCACACACACACAACACGCUGUAUCAAGAGGAACUCUGCGAGGUGUCAACCACACAGGAGCAGGAUAAGGUGGUGAGAGGGGGCUCUGGUGGAUCAGACCCCCAGGAACGGUGCUCCAUGCUGGGUGAUCAGACGGCGGGAGACGGUGCUGUGGUGGGGGUGGAGACCCACCGUGGGCCUGCUGAGAGCAGUGAUCUCACCAUGACUGACAAGGAGAGGCCUGGCUCUGCUGCUGCUGCUGCCAGAGAAAGCAACGAGACCGUGAGAAGGAACGCUGACAGUGAUGGAACCCUAGAUGAUCAGUGUUCUAUGUGUUUUACUCCUCUCCACAAGAGGAAGAACAAUGGCUCCAAUGAGAACGACAAUCAGAAAAGUUUGGCAUCCAGCCGAACUCACUGUACCAAGUCUGACACCAGCUGGAAGAAGAUACAGAUUCCAACGUCAUUGACAGAGUACUACGUUCUCCUGCUGCUGUGGCUGGUCCUCUACUGUCUGUUGGUGCUGCCACAGAUUCAUUACAGAGACCUGCCACGCCUUCUGCUCAACCUGGGCAAAUGAACACACACACACACACACACACACAGACAGAUACACAUGUCAUGUACAUGUCACACACACGACACAUACACAAGCACGUACACACAUACACACACUCAUUCUCACAGGCAUGUAUA